CCAGGCGAAUAGUUGACCCAUUCCGAGGGAAGCCUGAAACUUCCUAAACCAUUUUUGUUUUGUAUCGAGACCUUCAAGGACACAUGUUUAUUGCUUUAAAAGGUCGCUAUCUUCGUUUGCAACUUACACCUGUGGUGUUUUAGUGACGUUACUUACUGUAGUAGGACGUCCACUUCAUGCUCAUGGAAUGUAUGUGGAGUAUCGAUUUAUUACAGCAAGAAAGGAACGCCGCCAGCUCACAACAGUUUUAGGACUAUACGAAUCAAGUUUUUUUCCCUGGGAAUAUUUUGAAAGUGAAGUUAAAGGAGAAAUUAGAGUGACGAGACUCGGAACGUCUAUUUCGGGUAUGGUCCUAUGAUCGCACUUCAAAUCUUUGGUCCAGACUAUGGAACACCGACAGGUGCUUGCGCUGUGCGCUGUAUUCCUGUGCGGUCUACACGUCGCCACCUGUCAGACCAGUCAGGAAGGUAGUAGUACAUUUUGUCCAGGUACCCAGAAUGGCUUGAGUUUCACCGGCAACCCUGAGCAACACUAUAAAAAUCUGCGGGAGAUUUACACAGGCUGCGAGAUUGUCAUGGGCAACCUGGAGAUCGUCCAAAUGGAACACCAUCUUAACUUUUCCUUCCUUGGGAGCAUCAGAGAAGUGACAGGCUACAUCCUCAUCGCCACCAAUCAGUUCGAGCGGCUGCCCCUCGAGCGGCUGCGUGUGAUCAGGGGGAACACGCUCUACGAGAAGCAGUUCGCCCUGUCUGUCUUCCUCAACUACGACAAAGACAGAAGCCACGGGCUGAAGGAACUGGGCCUCACCCACCUCACAGAGAUUCUGGAGGGGGGAGUGCAGAUCGUAAACAACAGGUAUCUGAGUUACGCCCCCUGGAUCAACUGGAAGGACAUUGUGAGGGACCCCAAGGCACCUCUGGACAUUGUGACGGACCCCAACACAAAAGAAAAAGAAAAGAGAAAUGGAGAGUGGGGAGAGUGCCAUGCCAUGUGUCCAAAACCAAACAACAUGAACAAGACCUGCUGGGGCCCCAGGGAAGAUCAGUGCCAGACAUUGACCAAGACGGUGUGCGCCCAGCAGUGCAACGGUCACUGUUUCGGGCCCAGUCCGCGGGAGUGCUGUGACUCGGAGUGUGCUGGCGGCUGCAGCGGUGCCCUCAACACUGACUGCUUUGCAUGCCAUCGUUUCAAUGAUUCAGGGGCCUGUGUGCCACAGUGCCCCCAGAAACUCCUCUACAACCAGCAGACCUUCCAGUUGGAGUUGAACCCCAAUGUCAAGUACCAGUAUGGCUCAAUAUGUGUACCUCAGUGUCCAACGCACUUUGUGGUGGAUGGAAGCUCAUGUGUGAGUAGCUGCCCCCCUGACAAGAAGGAGGUGACGUCCGACGGUGUGAAGGAGUGUGAAUCAUGCGCUGGUCUGUGCCCAAAAGUGUGCAACGGUACUGGAGCCAGGGAUAGGCAGACUGUGGAUUCCAGUAACAUUGACACUUUUAUUAAUUGCACAAAAAUUCAAGGCAGCCUGCACUUUCUGGGAAUAGGCAUCAAAGGAGAUGCUUAUGAAAAGAUUCCACCUCUGGAUCCAAAGAAACUCCAAGUAUUCAGCACAGUCACAGAGAUCACAGACACUUUGAAUAUCCAGUCCUGGCCUGAAUCCCUCUCAAAUCUAUCAGUCUUCUCCAGCCUCACCACCAUACAGGGCCGAGCCCUGCACAGGCCCUUCGCUCUGCUGGUGAUGAAGGUGGACACCCUCACGUCUCUGGGUCUGUCUUCGCUGCGCACGAUUGCCGCCGGCAGCGUCUACAUCAAGGACAACGCCAACCUGUGCUACCACCACACGGUCGACUGGACCAGCCUCUUCUCCGAUGAGCGCCCGGCGAAGCGGCUCAAGGCCAACGACAUCAAGAACAACAAGCCAGCGGCCACCUGCAUUGCAGAGGGCCAUGUGUGCGACCCGCUGUGCUCAGUGGCAGGCUGUUGGGGACCGGGCCCAAAUCAGUGUCUCUCCUGUAGGAACUACAGUCGCGACGGGACCUGUGUGGCCCACUGCGACUUCUACUCAGGGGAGCCACGGGAGUUUGCGGGGGAGAGAGGCGAGUGUAUCUCUUGCCACCCUGAAUGUCAGUCACAGAAUGGCCGUCAAAGUUGCAACGGACCGGGUGAUCACGAGUGUGUAGCGUGUUCACACCUAAAGGAUGGCCCUCGCUGUGUGCCCGCCUGCCCAAAUGAUGUGAUGGGGGAUAACGGUGUCAUCGUCUUCAAAUAUCCGAAUAAGAAGGGACACUGUGCACCCUGCCAUGUCAACUGCACACAAGGGUGUACUGGACCUACUCUGUGGGAUUGUAGGUCAAGGCCAACCAACAGCUCCCUGAUAGCUGGGGUGGUGACUGGAGUGCUGGUGGGUGUCCUGGUCCUCCUGACUCUGGCUGGGCUGGGCAUGCUGUACCGCCGCAGCCUGAGCAUCCGCCGCAAGCGCACCAUGAGGAGGUACCUGGAGAGCAGUGAGGGAUAUGAACCUUUUGACCCAGGAGAGAAGGGCACCAAAGUUCACACACGGAUCCUCAAAGCUAUAGACCUGCGCAAGGGCAAGACACUGGGCUCUGGUGUCUUCGGCACUGUCCAUAAGGGUGUUUGGAUUCCAGAAGGAGACUCAGUGAAAAUCCCUGUGGCAAUAAAGACCAUCUCAGACCCAACAGGCCGUCAGACCUUCACUGAGAUCACCGAUCACAUGUUGUCCAUAGGCAGUCUUGACCACCCGUACAUCGUGAGGCUGCUGGGCAUCUGCCCGGGCCCUUCCCUGCAGCUGGUGACGCAGCUCAGCCCCCAGGGCUCUCUGCUGGAGCACCUCCGCCAGCACAAGGACACCCUGGAGCCACAGCGCCUGCUCAACUGGUGUGUGCAGAUCGCAAAGGGCAUGUUCUAUCUGGAAGAGCACCGCAUGGUUCACAGGAACCUCGCUGCUCGUAAUGUACUGGUGAAGAGUGACUACAUCGUGCAGGUUUCAGACUUUGGGGUGGCAGACCUUCUGUAUCCUGAUGACAAGAAAUAUGUCUACAGCGAAGUCAAGACACCAAUCAAAUGGAUGGCACUGGAGAGCAUUCUAUUCCGCCAGUUUACACACCAAAGUGAUGUCUGGAGUUACGGAGUAACCGUGUGGGAGAUGAUGUCCCAUGGGGAUGAGCCCUACGCAGCCAUGCAUCCUCAGAAGGUUCCAGGCCUGCUGGAGAAAGGAGAGCGCUUGGCCCAGCCUCAGAUCUGCACGAUAGACGUCUACAUGGUCAUGGUCAAAUGCUGGAUGGUUGAUGAGAACGUCCGACCUACCUUCAAAGAAUUGGCAAAUGAGUUCACAAGAAUGGCCAGAGACCCAAGCCGAUACCUUGUCAAGAAGAACCCUGUUGAUGCAGGUCAAGAUGGUGCCCUGCGAGAAGUCAAAUGGUCUAAUUUGGAAGAUGACCUUGAAGAUGAGGGAGUAUCAGACGAUGGCUUUGCUACACCUCCUCUACACCUGUCACCAUCUCGUAGCCACUCCAGACUACGGAUCAACUCUCAAAGAACUGGUGCGGCCCUUUCUGCUCCAGUGGGAUACAUACCUAUGACCCCAAGCCCUGGAGAGGCUACUAGACAGCUGUGGAGUCAGAGGUCGAGGGUCAGCUCUCGGCGGACAGUGUCUGAGUGCUCAGAGGGCCGAGGCACCAUGGUGGACGUGGACAUGGCCUCCCAUAUGGGUAGCCUGAAGAGGACUCGCAAACGUGGGGACAGUGCGUACAUGUCCACGUCCCUGUCCAUAGCUUCAGAACUUCCCUCUCAGGGAAUAGUGAUGGAGGAGGAGGAGGACCCCAAUCUUUAUGUAAUACCUAGAGCCAGCCACCAGCCAGAGACAGAUCCUCUGCUGUCACAUUCCAGCUCCAGGAACACCACCUUGAGUGACAGACAGAGCAGGAACUCCAGGUCUCCACCAGGACCAGGAAUCGAUGCCUCGGAGGAGGAGUAUGAGCUGAUGACCAAGCAAGCUCCACCUCCUGCCCAUCAGGCUCCCAGAAGAUUUGCUGAUCAACUCGACGACAAUUCUACAGAUGUGUGGAAAAGAAUUUCUGCCAUUUCACCCACAGCGUGUAGCUCUGACCUCCCACUGACAGGAGAAGAACCCGAGCCCGCCCAACCCGAAGAGCACCCAAAUCCGCGCACGCCUCCCACUCCAGCAGCAGCAGACCCGGAUUCAGACUCAGCGUACGCACGGGACUCCAGGAGUGGACCCGACAAUGACGCAGAGGCCCACGCAGAGGACACAUCGCAGCAACCGAAUCACGCCGUGGAGUACGAGUACAUGGAUAUCCGCAGCUCGCUCAAAGUCGCGGCGGGAGACGGCGGGAGUCCCAGUUCAGAGGAGGAGGAGGGCACAGGAGCAGCCGACGACUCUGUGGAGAGAGAUGAAGGACUCGGGGGGGAGAGCAACGAUGAGGACCAGGAAGGGAAAAGCCCUGAAGGAGAACAGGAGGAAUUGUGGGUAGCACAAUCAGGGGCUCUCGCAAGCAGGGUAGGCUUCAGUGAUGGAAUAUCUCCCUCUAAUGCCGAGCAGGAAGAGGAAUAUGAGGAGAUGGGGGCAACCAAAGGUGGCUCCAGCACUGUGGACGAGGUGGAGUACCAGAACAUGCCUUGUGGGAAGGCGCUAAUGAGCCCAGGAGGAAUGACUGCAGGAGCGGGGAAGUAUGUUAAAGUGCGCGCUGGCGUUGGGGAGCCAGGCAGCGCAUCUUUUGACAACCCGGACUACUGGCACAGUAGACUGUUUCACAAGCAAGAUGCUCUGCGUACAUGAGGAAAAACUCCGAACAGUAAAUGUAGAAGCACAGCACUGGCCAAUCAAGUUGUGGCCGACAGACCCUGAUGUUUCAGUAGGGUGUCAAAUACAUUUCAUUUGACAUCACAACUGCAAUAGGGUUGGACAAACGUGAUAUGGACUUCCUUAAUAUUUAUCAUGAUCAUUAAUGGUAAUGCUAAAGUGUAAUCUUUGAAUAAUGGACAGUGUAUGGUAUUAUUGUGUGUGUAUCAAUGAAAAUGAUUUUUGGAUUUGUCUUUUGUGAAAGGAUGUUCCAUAAGCUACAAAAUAAAAACCUUUGAUAUUGAUGAGUUCUUUAAAAAAAAGAAGAAAAAAAAACAGAUGUACUGCAGAGCAGUACAAAACAUGACUGCUGCCCAGUCCAGCACAUUCUUUCCACAAAAAUAAAUCACACUUGUCAA